CCACAGGCAGAGGGGCGGAAGGGGAGGUGGGCGAGCCCUGGCUCCGCCCCUGAGGCAAGCCACGGGGAACCCUGUACGCACGCGCAGCACAUUGCCGGGGGAAGUGCUUCCGCCCCGCACUGACAUGGCGGCUCCGCAUGGGCUCGAGCGGGCGCAGGUUGGCCGGAAGUGAGGCUCCGAGCCCCUGCGCCGGCCGCGCGCUCGCCGCCUCCCGCUCGCCAUGGCCGGGAUCCUCUUCGAGGACAUCUUCGACGUGAAGGACAUCGACCCCGAGGGCAAGAAAUUCGACCGGGUUUCCCGCCUGCAUUGUGAAAGUGAGUCUUUCAAGAUGGACCUAAUCCUGGAUGUGAAUAUACAGAUCUACCCCGUGGACCUGGGGGACAAAUUCCGCCUGGUCAUCGCCAGCACCUUGUAUGAAGAUGGGACCUUGGAUGAUGGGGAGUAUAACCCCACUGACGACAGGCCGUCCAGGGCCGACCAGUUUGAGUAUGUGAUGUACGGGAAGGUGUACAGGAUUGAGGGAGAUGAAACAUCCACGGAGGCAGCCACACGCCUUUCUGCCUACGUGUCCUACGGGGGGCUGCUCAUGAGACUCCAGGGAGACGCCAACAACCUGCACGGCUUCGAAGUGGAUUCCAGGGUUUACCUCCUGAUGAAGAAACUGGCCUUCUAACCGCAGGGGGCCGAGCCGCUGGGGACUGCGGCUGCACCUGGGACCCCGCCUCACACGCAGGCUUUGCAAAUAGACACGGCCUUGCUGGCCGGGACUGGGACCCUUGUAGGCAACGGCCGCUGGAUUUCAGCUCCUUUGGCCCAUCUGGACCCUCUGAAGGGAUGCAUGGCAAAAGCCAGCCCCAUUUCCAGCAGGCUCUGUAUUUUGUGGCCUCUGUGUUGGCCGGGCGCAGGACAGGGAGCCGUUACUGAGCCAGCCCUACCUGGUUCCUUACUAAAGUGGGUGCUUCGGAUUUGUCUCUGCUUAGAUCACGCUAGCAAGUGUGAGACCGUAAUAUACAGUGACACAGCUAAAACCGCUGGUGUUUAAGACGGGGAGUUCACCCCGUCCGCACUCUGGCUUCUUGGUGCGCAGACAUGACUGUUUCAGACAUCGCUGCACUAGUUACACUGGAAGGUUUCCUUUGCGACUCUAAGGGCUAGCCACUUCAUUUUGUCUCCGAGUUGACUCUGCUCUUGUCCUCCAUUACCCACGCCGGUCAUUUCUGGCUAGAUCCAGACCGUCACCCUGGGUUACGACUGUACAAAGUUUUGGGGCCCGCUGCUUGUCCAGCCUCAAUAAAAAGGGGAGAGGGCUCCCCCUGCUGGAGAA